CCAAUAUAGUGUGAACGUGCUGACCUUCGGGAGCGUUCCGGAGCAUAUCGAGAACAGCCGCGAUUGACACUACGUAUCGCUUUACCCCGAUGAAUCACCUCGCCCGUUCGAUACUGCCGAUGAGUCGAGCUCAUCUGACUACGGCCAUCGUGUCCCUUGGCACCAUCGUGGACGGAGCCGCCGCGUUUGCACUCAUGUGGACUGUGCUUCCGCCACCGCUGCGCAGGGUCGGCACACAAGCGUCGCGCUCGCCACUGCUUCUAUCCGUGCUGGAACGCGCGUAUGUUUGGUUUCUCGUGCAUAUCCGUCCAUCGAUCCAACGAUGGGCUAAGACAACGAUCCCGGCAGUCGUGAAACAUGGACGUGAAGUCUGCUUGGUGACAGCGCAUGAUCAUCUGUUGCCACAUCGAUAUACCCACAACCCCUGGCUUACACUGUAUCAAAGCUAACGCAAUUGUACCGUACAAGCAAGCAAUGUACACAGUCGCAGUUACAACUAAAACCAUUUAUUCACCUUAUUGUAU